CACACACACACACACACACACACACACACAGAGGAUACAAAAGUCGGGAGGAUCGCGGGCAGAAUCGCGGUGCAGCCGGAGCCAUGCGUGCCACGGCCUCGUGAGGGGGAAAGGCAGGCGGGGAGGAACGGAGCGAGGAAAAGCAGAAAGGAGGAAAAGAGAGCGGGGAACGCCAAAGAAAGAAGCGGGGUGGUGGAAAGUGUUCGCCUGCUUUUGUCUCGCAAUACAGUGAACUGGAAGAUGGAGAUGGAUGUUAAGGGAGUUUCUCCGUGCCCGGAGCCCAUCCCCCCGGCGGCGGGGGCUGGCGGCUGCCCGCACCAGCGCCCGCACCACCGCGAUGGGCAGCCCGCCGAGCCGGCCCCCGCCGCCGACAGCGGCCACCCGGAGCGGCGGCACGGCAGCGACAAAGAGGACAAAAAGAGAACUACAGCCAGCAAGACUUCAAGUGCUCCUUCCUACAGCAGAUGGUCCAGUUCACAGCCCCAUCAGUCCAGCUCCACAGUGAGAACAUACCAAAACAGUAAAUCAAGAGUGACCAUGAGCCCUGGCUUUAGCAACCAGUGGAAUAGCAGCCAACCUGCUUGGAAUACAUACACCUUCCCGAGAGCAAGCUUGCACUACCAGUCCCAUGCUAGCUACGCCUACUGCGCUGGACAUCCUCCUCAGUCAUAUGCACCAGCUCCCCACCCCAUGGCUCCUCCCAGCCCCAGCACAAACAGCAGCAACAACAGCAGCAACAACAGCAGUGGAGAGCAGUUGAGUAAAACCAACCUGUAUAUUCGAGGCCUUCCACCCGGCACCACUGACCAGGACCUUAUCAAGCUGUGCCAGCCGUAUGGGAAAAUUGUAUCAACAAAGGCAAUUCUUGACAAAAACACAAAUCAGUGCAAAGGUUACGGUUUUGUAGAUUUUGACAGCCCAGCAGCAGCACAGAAAGCAGUAGCAUCUCUCAAAGCAAAUGGCGUGCAAGCGCAGAUGGCAAAGCAACAAGAGCAAGAUCCCACAAAUCUAUACAUCUCAAAUUUACCGGUUUCCAUGGAUGAGCAGGAACUGGAGAACAUGCUGAAACCUUUUGGACAUGUCAUUUCCACCAGAAUAUUAAGAGAUGCAAAUGGAGUCAGCAGAGGAGUUGGCUUUGCCAGAAUGGAAUCUACAGAAAAAUGUGAAGUAGUAAUUCAGCAUUUUAACGGCAAAUAUCUGAAAACCCCACCUGGUCUACCAGCCCCCACUGAGCCUUUACUGUGCAAAUUUGCUGAUGGAGGGCAAAAGAAGCGCCAGAAUCAAAGCAAAUACACACAGAACGGAAGGCCGUGGCCCAGAGAAGGAGAGGCUGGCAUGGCUUUGACUUAUGAUCCAACAGCUGCUAUACAGAAUGGAUUUUAUUCCUCACCGUACAGUAUUCCAACAAACCGCAUGAUUCCACAGACAUCAAUCACACCAUUCAUUGCUGCUUCCCCUGUCUCUACAUAUCAGGUCCAGAGUACUUCCUGGAUGCCUCAUCCGCCAUAUGUUAUGCAACCAACAGGUGCUGUGAUAACACCAACAAUGGACCACACUAUGUCAAUGCAGCCAGCAAGCAUGAUGGGCCCACUGACCCAACAGAUGAACCACCUUUCCUUGGGCACAACAGGAACGUACAUGACUGCUGCUGCACCUAUGCAAGGGACCUACAUUCCCCAGUACACUCCUGUGCCUCCAACAGCUGUCCCUAUUGAAGGUGUUGUUGCUGAUACUUCUCCACAAACAGUAGCAUCUUCAUCACAGGAAGCCAGUGGUCAACAGCAACAGAUGACAGUGGAAACAUCCAGUGAACAUGCACCUGCAUAUUCUUACCAACAGUCUAAGUAA